UGAUAAUUUUCUUUUAACAUAUUUCAAUAGACGGAUAGAGAUAGCCUACUGAGAGAUACUUGUGACGCCACUGGGUUUGACUAGAUGGGAUACAGUUUGUAUCAGAAUUGAUUUCUCGUAGCAGGUUAGAAUUUACCGCUGCAGGUUAGGAUAAUUAACGUAGCAGGUUAGGACAACUAGGUUAAGGUUAGGAAAACGGUUAGCUAAAAUGCACAAAAAAAGGGGGGUGGGGAGAAUCACCUUGACGUAAAUUUGACAAACGGUAUCCCCUCUAGCCAUGACCGCAACCACAUGCUGCUUGCUUGGUCAAACAGUUGGAUAAACCCAAAAGUAGUUACGUUAGUUAGCCAGUCGUUUAUUUCUUGGCCAUAUGAUAUACUAACUUUACAUAUUACUAAUGUCAAAACGGGUUUAGCAACAGCAUUAGCUAGCCACGAAAAUCAAAACUACAUGUUUACAGUUAAACAACAUAACCAUGACAGUGAGUUAUGGAGGCAUGAGUGGGAUUAUUAUCAACAUUAGAACAGGGAGUUUGCCAGUUAAUACGAAUGUCUAUGGAUCUGAUUUCCCAUCAAAGCCCAUCAUCAUGACGAGGAAGCAACAUGGGAGAAGGGCGAGAAAGAAGAGGCAACGGGAGUGCAGAGAAACAACUGUUCAGUCAGUGACACUAUCUCAUGAACCACAGUUUGUGGCUCUAAGAAGAUGGCUGCAACAGAGAGGCUUCAGUUCCAAGCUUCUAGUACCUGCACACUUCUCAGACACAGGACGUGGACUGAUGACCUUACAGCCUAUCAAGGCUGAUGAUUUGGUGAUCUCCUUACCUGAAAAAUGCCUUUUAACUACCUCUACUGUUCUAAGGAGCUACAUUGGUGAAUACAUAGAAAGAUGGAAACCGCCUGUGUCUCCUCUCUUAGCCCUCUGUGCUUUCCUCAUCUCUGAGAGACAUUUUGGCCAAUGUGCAGAAUGGAAGCCCUACAUCGACGUUCUGCCCCAAAAAUACACGUGCCCUGCUUACUUCUCAGAUGAGGUCAUCAACCUGCUGCCGGGGAGUCUGAGUGGGAAGGCCCUGGAGCAGAGAGCCAUAGUUCAGGAGCUGCACUCCUCUUCGUUGGACUUCUUCAGCUCCCUCCAGCCUCUCUUCAGUCAGCCCGUAGAGAGUGUGUUCACGUAUGAUGCACUGCGCUGGGCAUGGUGCAGUGUGAACACGCGCACUGUGUACAUGGAGCACCAACACAGCCCCUACAUGUCCAGGGAGAGAAAUGUGUAUGCCUUAGCCCCCUACCUGGACCUGCUCAACCACUGCCCAGCCAUACAGGUAAAGGCGAGCUUCAGCCAUGUGAACAGGUGCUAUGAGAUCCGUAGUGUCCAAGGCUGCAAGAGGUUCCAGCAGGCUUUUAUCUGCUACGGUCCCCAUGACAACCAACGUCUCCUGUUAGAGUAUGGGUUUGUUGCUCCUGGAAACCCUCACAGUGUGGUGUAUGUGGACCAAGUUAUCCUUCAACAGUGCAUCUGUAUAACAGACAUAAAUCAGCUGGCACAGAAGCUACUCUUCCUGAAGAAAAAUGACUUUUUAGCAAACUUGACCCUUAGUUUGGAUGGGCCCUCCUGGAGACUGAUGACCGCCCUCAGGCUGCUGUCACUUAAGACAGAACAAUACCCUUUUUGGAAGAGUGUCCUCUUGGGGGCGGUGGUGAGCCAGGACAGAGAGGAGUGGAGUGUCGAUGCAGCCCUUAGGCUUUGUCACUACCUGAUGGUUGACAACACUAGAGCUCUGGACAAGAUAUCCCAACUAACAGAGAGUGCAGACUCGUCUCUCCAGGAGCAGCUAGCUGUGGUGGAAUGUCUACGACGAGAGGAGCAAGGAAUUUUGGGUCUUAACCAGAAACAAUUGUUGCCAAGCAGACAGAACGGCAUGCACAACUUAGUAUGACGUUCCAGAACCAGUCACUUUAUUUAUCUAUCACUGGCUAUGCUUCUAUGAGGAGACAACCAUGUCUGUUUCAUUAUCAGUGCAAUGAAUUGGCUCAGCAAAAGGGCACGGUCACUAGCUAUGUUUCCAUUAACUUGUCCAGUGAUUGAUUUUUUUGGUCAACAUUUUGAACGUUUGCAUAGAAAAUAGAUGCGACAAUUGCCUGCUAGGGUGCAUUUCCAUUGAACUAUUUUGUCGAUUAAAAACCGCAGGACGUAAUAACAUCCCGCCUAAAAAAAACAAUUUACAACAAAAAUAAUAGCAGAAACCUAGUGUAGAAUAAAAACGUAGUGGUUCAAGUGUUUCCAUUACCCAUUUAGGCAAACUGCGCACUAAUAAAUUGACCACAACCUGUAUGCCCUCCCACCUAUCUGUUUAAUGUCUCAGGUAGCCCGCAUGGAUAGAAUGCAAUAAUCAGGGGCACAACUUUGGUUUUAGAAGUGUUGGGGACAUAAUUUUUUUAUCCAGUUGGAUAAACAGCCAACCUGACCGCUCAGAGGCAUCGGCAUGGUCCUAAAGCACACCGUUGCCUGAUUUUGUAUUACGUUCCAAUUAUAAAAAUUGUGGUCCAUCUUUAGAAAAUGUCUUAUAUCUGCCGUUUCCAUUACCCGCCGCAAUGAUUUUGUUUUUGCUACAUUGCUUUUGUUGAAUAAACCUGGGUCAAUGGAAACCGGUCUAUUGAUAGGUCAACGACCUCAGACAUCAGGGAUAUGUUAACGUUUUCUACAUUGCGGAACGGUUUGUACUGAAUGACACAUUUUCCCCAAACUUCUUGUAUGUUCUUGAACAGACUUUGAAAUACGUUUGCUCCGGUCGGUGGGUUUGCCAGGGUGUGGGUUGAAGCAAUGAGUGACGUAUUUGUAAAGGACAGCUGUGCAUUUUGAACCCACAACCAAACCAUGGCAUGUUUUUUUCCCCAAUUGGUCAUUCAGUACAGCACGGUUUCUGUUCAAUUGAACGUUCUAUUACGUUAUGUACUGAAUGCAGCCCUGUUAACUCUGGCCAAACACAGUGAGGGUCACUUGACAACAGAGCGUUGACUGGGAGGACAAACUAUUUGGAAGUGACCCGUCCCUCAACACUUCUGAUAUGCCCUCAGAGAGCGGUACAGGUGGACAAUGGUACUUCUCCAAUCCCAGAAAGACUCCAGAAACAGGACAUUGUUGUUUCCCCACCUUAGAUUAAAUAAUUUAGCAAGAAUUUCUCUGGUCACAAAUGACAAAUGAAAAGCAGUUGCACUUUAUGUAGAAUUCAAGCUGGGUCAUGUUCAGUAAGGCACCAAACGGAAUAAAACUUCUAGGUUCUACUGAUGUUUUGAUUUCUGUUGCAAAUGAUUUGCUACGGUGUGUCAUACUAAACACCACUGAUGUGUUGCUCUGUUGGAGGCUGUAAAAAUUGACAAUGCUUCAUGCUUGAGGGUUAACCAAAGGUUUUUAAUAAAAAGACAAGCAUCAA